AUGGCUACAGCGGAUCCACCGAGAAAAACAACGGCCCUUAGUCUCCAGCAAGCCUUAAGUGAUCAAGGGGUGCUAAGAAUCCCUGGAAAGUAUGCAAUAGCGGAGGGAUGUUGCAGAAAAAUUCAGAAUGGCCCCUCUAUGGCUACUGACGAGUCUCAUGAGAGACGAAACGUACGUCUGGCCUAUGGCGGGCUACUGACGAGUCUCGUGAGAGACGAAACGUACGUCUGGCCUAUGGCGGGUAAUGGUUUACCAAUAAUACCUCUUGCGACUGAAUGGGUUCUUAAACCUUGUAACACCGAGAUGUUGUUCUUACCUAUUGGUCGCGAGACCUCAAUUUGA